UCUUCAUUCUGGACUCGGUCGGCGCGCCUUUGAUGUGCGAGGCUCGCGCGGAUCGCGGGGGUCUGAUGAGUCCGGGAGAGGAGGCCCGGGAUCUCCGUCAUCCGGUCCGGAUCCGCUCCGUCUGACCCAGAACCGGCCCGUGUAGCCGUCGGGUUCUGUUUCUGCACCGAAGCCGAACCAGUAGCACGUUUCUCAGUGGAGCUGUCGGUUCCGGCCCGGUUCUGUGGCCCAGGAGCUUCCAGACCUCAGGUGAGGCAGAACAUCUGGGUCAGAACCUGCUGCAGUUUGGAGCCAAAGAUCCGAGGUGGUUCUGCUGGACUGGUUCUGAAGGUCCAGAAGAUAAAAGAAGUGGUCCUGUAGCCGAACCUGAUGCACAGCUUCUGAAGCCAGAACAACCCGGUCCAGUUCUUCAGCCAUGAUGGUUCCUGCUCACCUGCUGCUCCUGGUUCUGUUCUGCUCCGUGUUCC